AUGUCGACGGCGACGGGUAACCAAUUGAGAUUGAUAGCAACCAACGCUGCGCAGCCAAAAACAGGAUCUUUGCCUGCAACAACAGCGCCUUGUAAACACAGCCAAUCACCUGUGCUUGAGAUAAAUCUUAAAAACCUCAUUCAUCGUGAUGGUGCAUCGGUGUUGUCCACUACUUCUGCAACCUCCGUUCAUUGUUUGUGUGCUUUCCCUGGAGGAUCCCCUAUUCUAUCUUAACUUGGGUUGCACAGGUGCACCUGACUAUUUCCCUCAUAUCUUUUCUUGCGCCUCUUCGUAUAACUUCCAUUCAGUUUCGAGCUAUGGUUUUCACUUCAGUAUACUCGCUCUGCGGCGCUGGCUUCGCCCUACUUCAGUUGCUGGCUCCAGUCGCAGCACGUCCAGUAGCACGGUCUACAAGCUCUUCCACAUUACUAGCUCUUCAGUUCGCCAACGUGUUGGAGCAGCUUGAGUCCACUUUUUAUGCGCAGGCCCUUCAAAAGUUCAAUCAGUCAGAUUUCACGGCAGCAGGCUUUGCUUCGGCCCAGAUUCCCUUGCAACAGUUUCAGGCUAUCUUCAAAGAUGAGUCCACACACACAACUACAUUACAGUCGGCUAUUAAUUCGUUGGGCGGCAAAACAGUGUCAAACUGUACAUUCAACGUUGCUUCCUUGCUCACAGACGUACCCACUAUGGUGGCGGCAGCGAGACUCGUGGAAAAUGUUGGUGUGAGCGCCUACCUUGGUGCCCUAACCUUGAUCAACGACACGGUCCUCUCCACCGCAGCUGCCACCAUUAUGACGGUUGAAGCGCGUCACCAAACCAUUCUCAAUGUGCUGGCAGGGGCCACCGCGAUACCUCAGGCAUUUGAUGUCGCUCUGAAUCCAUCUGAGAUUCUUGCAUUGACAGGGGGGUUAAUUUCUGGAUGCAAUCUUGGAAUCCCAGCGAAUGUUCCGCUCCGCGUGAAUAAUUCCGGUUCCAUUCAAGCAGGAACAAAGUUGACCUUUACCUCUGCUGCAUUCAACGGAACUAUUCCGGUAGAGAAACUGUCCUGUCAAUUCCUCGCCGGCGGCUUCCCUGUUGCCAUCUCACAACCACUAUCUAAUUGCAGCGUCCCGGCGAACGUAACUGGUCCUCUGUUGGUGUUCGUGACCAACAGUAGUCAGCCCCUCGCGAAUAACAUUCGCGAUGCUGCGACUAGCACCAUCGUUGCAGGUCCGACGCUCAUCUUCAUCGACAAUCAACAGGAUGCGCUGGCGAUCGCAGCACGUCCUGGUCUCAACUCCACUGUGGCCCAUCCUAUAACGUCUUCCACGACAAUCACUUUGACUCCAGUCACUUCGAGCAGAGCUAUGAGUAGCACCGUCACUUCAACCGUGAAGUCUACUUUGACUCCAGCCACUUCGAGCAGAGCUAUGAGUAGCACCGUCACUUUAACCAUGGCGUCUACUUCAGCCACUCCGAGCAGAGCUAUAAGUGUCACUUCAACCGUGACGAUAGUUCCCACCACAGUCAGCACUGAUUGGACGGCUGUAACCAAAACGAUCUCGCCAUCUGAAGCUAGUGGUAUUCUCGCGAGUGCUGUGCCAUCUAUGAGUUCGGGAUAAAUGUCGAGAAUUAAUACGAGAUGCUGGAUCAAAUUAUAUUGCACAGAUAUCUAAAGUAAUCAGAACUGAACUGACGACUUCAAGGACUAUUGAUAGGGGGAGGACGAUAUCCAUAGAGUAU